GAAGACUUUUGUCCCUCUUCCCGUUCCGUACAUGUCGACUGAAAACGUGCUAUAUGUUGUGUCUGAAUGAGAUUCCGGAUUCCCCCCGUUGAAUCAACUGUGGUGCUGACCUAAACUCGUGUAAAUAAGGAAAGGUUGUAUCAUUUCGUAAAGUACAUGUUCGUUACAGUCUAGUUGUUGCGGCUUUAGCGCUCUUGAACGUUCGUUAGCCUCAACCGUUAAGCUAGCGGCUACGAAACAACCAAAACAAGAAGGCGGUGCGCAGCUGUGGAGCUCAAGUACAACGUUUUGGCUGUUCCGAAACCUCUCCUGCUAACAUGUCGGCAGUGCCAAAUGAGUCGAGAAAGCGGAGCAAGAAGCGGUAUGGAGGUGGUCAACCCAACAAGCGGUUUAAGGGCUUCUCUCUGGAUGUGGGCAUGGAGGGGAUCCUCAUCACAUGCAACAUGAACGAGAGGAAGUGCACAGCAGAGGCCUUUAAUCUGCUCAAUGAAUACGCAGACAAGCUCUAUGGGCCAGAGAAGUUUCAAGAGGAUGAUGAGAGCAGCAGCAAAGAAGAGGACACGGAGGAGGAAGAUGUCAGUGAAGCACUGAAGAAGGAGGUGGCACAGCUGCAAGCAUCUGGAACCAAAAAGGAGAGGCGCUUCCAGGCUUUUGAAAGUGGAGCGAACAAUGUGAUCUUCAUCAGGACACUAAAUCUGGAAUCUGACAAGCUGGUUCAUCACAUCCUGUCUGACCUCCACACCACCAAGAAGAAAAAGUCAAGAGUGAUACUGCGAAUGCUACCUGUAACUGGAACAUGCAAGGCCUUCCAGGAAGACAUGGUGAAAUACCUGACCAGUUACCUGGAGCCGUGGUUUAAAACCCCAAACUGUGCUACCUACCAGAUCGCCUUCAAGGCCCGCAACAGCAGCCACAACAAAAGAGACGAUAUCAUCAAAUCUAUUGCAGGUCUAGUGGGGAAGCUCAAUCCGAAGAACAAGGUUGAUUUAACCAACCCAGAACUGACAAUCAUUGUGGAGGUCAUCAGGGCCGUGUGCUGCAUCAGUGUGGUAAAAGACUAUAUGCUGUAUAGAAAGUACAACGUUCAGGAAGUGGUGAAAGAGGACACACCAAAGCCUGAUGUGACCAAAACAGGAACAAAUACAACUGAGGCGAAGGAGAAAAAGGAGACAAAUGAAGAGGAGAAGAAAGGCGAAGAGGAAAAUGGUAAAAAUGUGCCACAGGACAACAAAGAGGAUAAGGGGGAAGGUGAGGGCGAGUAACGGCACACAUUUUGAAACAAGUUUCAUUUUGUUAAAUUUAGAUUUCCUUUUUAAAAACAUCAUCUCAAGUUGCUUUUUAAUGUAGUGCUCUUGUUUUCAUGGAAAGAUUCAAGGACAAGUGUAUUUGUUUUUCAGAUCACAACACCAUUCAACAAACAAAUAUAAACUGCAAUUAUCUAUUUUAAUGCCAUUUUCAUAUUAUGAUAGAUAUUUAUGAUGCAUUGGUUCCAGUUUUAUUAAUAUAUGAAUUUUAAAUAGCAUUGAUUUUCAGUUCAGGAAUUUGGCAGCCUUUAUUUUUAUCAGCUGACAUCUCAGCUUAUUUCCUUAAUGCUGAGUUUAAUAUUUAAUGUUUUGUAUUUUUUGGGGGGGAUCAUAAUUCCAAGAUGGAAAGAGUUUUGUUCAGGUUAACUGGUGUCUCAUUUUUGUAACCUUCUUCCUAAAGCAGCCCAUGAAUUAAAGCUUCCUGUGUGUUUGA